GACCCUCUGGUCUCCAUGAAGGCUGGCUCAGGGACACUUGUAAUCAACAUCAUGAGUGACGGGAAAGCAGAGAGCUACGAGGGCGUCUAUCAGUGUACAGCCAGGAACGAACGCGGAGCUGCGGUUUCCAACAACAUUGUCGUCCGCCCAUCCAGAUCACCAUUGUGGACUAAAGAAAAACUUGAGCCCAUAACACUUCGAAAUGGUCAAUCUUUAGUACUUCCCUGCAGGCCCCCCAUUGGAUUACCACCACCUAUAAUAUUUUGGAUGGAUAAUUCUUUUCAAAGACUCCCACAGAGCGAGAGGGUUUCCCAAGGUCUGAACGGGGACCUUUACUUCUCGAACGUCCUGCCGGAGGACAGCCGCGAAGACUACAUCUGCUACGCCAGGUUUAAUCACACGCAGACCAUCCAGCAGAAGCAGCCCAUCUCCGUGAGGGUGAUUUCAGUGGAUGAAUUGAAUGACACUAUAGCUGCUAAUUUGAGUGACACUGAGUUUUAUGGUGCUAAAUCAAGUAGAGAGAGGCCACCAACAUUUUUAACUCCAGAAGGCAAUGCGAGUAACAAAGAGGAAUUAAGAGGAAAUGUGCUUUCACUGGAGUGCAUUGCCGAAGGCCUGCCUACCCCAAUUAUUUACUGGGUAAAGGAGGACGGAACACUACCCGCCAACCGGACAUUCUAUAGAAACUUUAAGAAAACCUUGCAGAUCACUCAUGUUUCAGAAGCAGACUCUGGAAGUUACCAGUGUAUAGCAAAAAAUACACUUGGAGCCAUCCAUCACACCAUUGCUGUGACAGUUAAAGCGGCCCCCUACUGGAUCAUGGCCCCUCAAAAUCUUGUGCUGUCCCCAGGAGAGGAUGGGACCCUGAUCUGCAGAGCCAGUGGUGACCCCAAGCCCAGAAUUAGCUGGCUAACAAAUGGCGUCCCAAUAGAAAUCGCUCCUGAUGAUCCCAGCAGGAAAAUAGAUGGUGAUACCAUUAUUUUUUCAAAUGUUCAAGAACGAUCCAGUGCAGUGUAUCAGUGCAAUGCCUCAAAUGAAUACGGAUAUUUACUGGCUAAUGCAUUUGUGAAUGUGCUAGCCGAACCACCUCGAAUCCUCACAUCUGCAAACACACUCUACCAGGUCAUAGCAAACAGGCCUGCUUUGCUAGACUGUGCUUUCUUUGGGUCUCCUCUACCUACCAUCGAGUGGUUCAAAGGCGCCAAAGGCAGUGCCCUUCGUGAAGACAUUUAUGUUUUACACGACAACGGAACCUUGGAGAUCCCUGUGGCCCAAAAGGACAGUACGGGAACUUACACAUGUGUUGCUAGGAAUAAAUUAGGGAUGGCCAAGAAUGAAGUGCGCCUAGAAGUCAAAGACCCCACAAGAAUCAUUAAACAGCCUGAGUAUGCGGUUGUGCAGAGAGGAAGCACUGUGUCCUUUGAGUGCAGAGUGAAACACGAUCACACCUUAAUCCCCACCGUCAUGUGGCGCAAGGACAACAGUGAGCUGCCCAGUGACGAAAGGUUCACCGUGGGCAAGGAUCACUUGGUGGUGACUGACGUGAGGGACCAUGAUGGUGGGACGUACACAUGUGUCGCCAACACGACUCUGGACAAUGUCUCUGCCAGCGCUGUGCUCACUGUUGUUGCUCCUACUCCAACUCCAGCUCCCAUUUACGAUGUCCCAAAUCCUCCCUUUGACUUAGAAUUGACAAAUCAACAGGACAAGAGUGUUCAGCUGUCUUGGACCCCGGGUGAUGACAACAAUAGCCCCAUUACAAAAUUCAUCGUCGAAUAUGAAGAUGCAAUGCAUGAGGCAGGACUGUGGCACCACCAAGCGGAAGUGUCCGGAACGCAGACCACGGCCGAGCUGAAGCUGUCUCCCUACGUGAGCUACUCCUUCCGCGUGAUGGCCGUGAACAACAUCGGCAGGAGCUUGCCCAGCGAGGCUUCGGAACAGUAUCUGACCAAAGCUGCAGAACCAGAUAAAAACCCCACGGCUGUGGAAGGGCUAGGAUCCGAACCUGAUAACUUGGUGAUUACUUGGAAGCCUUUGAACGGUUUUGAAUCCAAUGGGCCAGGCCUGCAGUACAAAGUUAGCUGGCGGCAAAAGGAUGGUGAUGAUGAGUGGACGUCCGUGGUGGUGGCCAAUGUGUCCAAGUACAUUGUCUCCGGCACGCCGACCUUCGUUCCUUACCUGGUCAAGGUGCAGGCCCUGAAUGACGUGGGGUUUGCUCCCGAGCCAGCCGUCGUCCUGGGACACUCUGGGGAAGACCUCCCCAUGGUGGCUCCUGGGAACGUGCGUGUGAACGUGGUGAACAGCACCUUAGCCGAGGUGCACUGGGACCCCGUACCUCUGAAAAGUAUCCGAGGACACCUGCAAGGCUAUCGGAUUUACUACUGGAAGGCACAAAGCUUAUCCAAAAGAAACAGACGUCACAUUGAGAAGAAGAUCCUCACCUUCCAAGGCAGCAAGACACACGGCAUGGUACCGGGGCUCGAGCCCUUCAGCCACUACUCCCUGAACGUCCGCGUGGUCAACGGCAAAGGCGAGGGCCCGGCCAGCCCGGACAGAGGCUUCCAUACCCCAGAAGGAGUCCCCAGUGCUCCCUCAUCUUUGAAGAUUAUCAAUCCUACGCUGGACUCUCUCACUCUAGAAUGGGACCCACCAAGCCACCCCAAUGGCAUUUUGACUGAAUACACCUUAAAAUUCCAGCCAAUUAACAGCACACAUGAAUUAGGACCUCUGGUCGACUUAAAAAUUCCUGCCAACAAGACACGCUGGACUUUGAAAAAUUUAAAUUAUAGCACUCGGUAUAAAUUCUAUUUAUAUGCACAAACAUCAGCAGGAUCAGGAAGUCAGAUUACAGAGGAAGCAGUGACCACUGUGGAUGAAGCUGGUAUUCUUCUACCUGAUGUAGGUGCAGGCAAAGUUCAGGCAGUAAUUCCCAGGAUCAGCAAUCUAACUGGUGGCGCUGAGACCUAUGUCAGUAUCAGUUGGGAAUAUGAGGGCCCAGAGCCUGUGAACUUUUAUGUUGAAUAUGGUAUAGCAGGCAGCAAAGCAGAAUGGAGAAAAGAAAUUGUGAAUGGCUCUUGUUCUUGGAACUUCUUUGGGUUAAGGGGCUAUAUACCAGGAUCAGCAUACAAAGUUCCAGCUGGUGCUCGGGGGCGCUCUGGUUCUCUGAGUGCAGAGAAUGAGUCUGAGACAGGCCCGGCCAUGGCAAGCCGGCAGGUGGAUAUUGCAACUCAGGGCUGGUUCAUUGGUCUCAUGUGUGCUGUUGCGCUCCUCAUCUUAAUUUUGCUGAUUGUUUGCUUCAUCAGAAGAAACAAGGGUGGUAAAUAUCCAGUUAAAGAAAAGGAAGAUGCCCAUGCUGACCCUGAGAUUCAGCCAAUGAAGGAAGACGAUGGGACGUUUGGAGAGUACAGUGAUGCCGAGGACCACAAGCCUUUGAAAAAAGGGAGCCGAACACCUUCAGAUAGGACUGUGAAAAAAGAAGACAGUGACGAUAGCCUAGUUGACUAUGGAGAGGGAGUGAACGGCCAGUUCAAUGAGGACGGCUCCUUCAUUGGACAAUACAGCGGUAAGAAAGAGAAAGAACCGGCCGAAGGGAAUGAAAGCUCCGAGGCGCCUUCUCCUGUCAACGCCAUGAAUUCCUUUGUUUAACCCUUCAGCUCUUUGCCAUGAUCCCAUUUCUCAAGAAUUUCUCUUAAGCACUUGUUUGUCUCAGCCCUCUCAUACUAUGAACAUCGAGGCGGAAGGUCUGUUUUCUGCUGUAUGUUAAUAUUAUGAGAACAGUUAGAGCAAGAACAGAAUUCAGCCAGGUAAAUGUGAACUGGAGUGCAGAGGGCACACCUUGUGUCCCAAACAGCUGUUCUUCGUUCCUCGGAACUGAGAGAUCAGCAACAGGUGAUGCUGUCUCCUCUUCAGGACACACUUCAACAUGAUGCAUGAGAAAUGCUACCCAGUUAAAGGACAUACCUGCGUGUGUUAUGAAAACACGGUUUGAUCCUUUGUUGAUACUCUACUCAGCUGAACCCACCCCCUCCCCCCAAUGUGAGUUCCGUUUUCAUUGUCAAGAGUGUUCCUGUAGUAUUCUCUAGAGCCUCAGAUGUCUUUGUGGACAUUGCCGUGCAAUUGGUGACUCCGUGUCUAGCUGUCCUUAGUCUUUCGGGGAGGCUGUUAGAAACAGUGUGUACAGUCCCUGCUUGCUAAAUGAGUUCAUUAUGACAGUUGCAUUUUGCUGAUGCUCAGUGAGAGUCUACCACCUGCUCUUGGCUCCUGACACUUCUAGGCUUCUUAACCCACCAGGUAUUACGGCAGUAGCAGUGUUCUUUCUACCUUCUCUCUCUGUUCCGUUGUUCGUAGGCCUAAGCAACGUGUGUGUAUGGCGAUGCAUUUCGGUAUUUCUGCCACACAGAAAGAAUCAAAAACAAAUCACUCAAAUUUCAAGGUUGAUUCCAGGAAACGCAGGGCAAGACACAUGCAGUGCCUUCAGACAGUCAGCAUUCCACACCACAUGAGCUGGUACAGCCAGCGCUGGCCUAGAUUACUGUCACUGUCUAAAAGUAACUUUUAAAAAGCAGAGAUAAUGAAAACUGCAAUGCCAGGGGGGAAUAGGAAGUAGGAAAAUAAAAAUCAUGAGAUGGUUUUUCGACAAAAGCAUUUCCCCAUAAAGUCUAGAGAGAAAAGCUUUAUUACCAACUGGAACUCAUGGCGGUUUUGUGGUCUUUUAUAAUUUCUAUAAAACAAAUCUCAUUCAGUGACAAAGAUGUCAACAUAGUAGCAAAUUAAUAGGAAAACAAGCAGGUUAUUCCAAGACUAAAAAUCCAACAGCAGCAUUCCAACAGUAGUACAUUGUUUGCUAAGACUAAAAGCUACGUGAGCUUCUAAAAAUUGUGUGCAAAUAGCUGUGGACACAUUUCAGAAUCCAAGAAACCCCAACAAGUGCUUAAAAGACCAACAGUCAAAGCGACUACAUCUGCCAUUUAAAAAAAUCAAUCUAGAUGCACAUAUAUAUUCUAUCACGUUCAUCAACACUCUCUAUCAAGUGGUUUACCUCCAAAUAUGAAAAUCUAUAGCAACCUAUGGUUGAAGGAAUGCUCAAUUUCAUUUGCCAAUAAAUUGGUUUC